CUGGCCGACCCACUGUCAGUCUGCAGCAGCGGGAGGCCAUGGGACGCUACGCUGCGGCGCUGGUGGGCUUGCAGUUCGGGCUGGGGCUGCUCCUGUGUGAACUGGGCAGUCUAGCAAGCGCCGAGCCCCGGGCCCCGCCGGACAGGAUCGCCAUCGUCGGUGCUGGAAUUGGUGGCACUUCCUCAGCCUAUUACCUUCGGAAGAAAUUUGGGAAGGAUGUGAAGAUUGACGUGUUUGAAAGAGAAGAGGUCGGGGGCCGUCUGGCCACUUUGAAGGUGGAAGGUCAUGACUACGAGUCAGGGGGUUCUGUCAUCCACCCUCUAAAUUUGCACAUGAAGCGUUUUGUCAAAGAGCUGGGUCUCUCCAGUAUUCCAGCUUCAGGUGGCCUGAUGGGGGUGUACAAUGGAAAGUCUCUGGUGUUUGAGGAGAGCAGCUGGUUUAUAAUCAACAUGAUUAAGCUGGUGUGGCGCUACGGAUUUCAGUCUCUGAGAAUGCACAUGUGGGUAGAAGACUUGCUGGACAAGUUCAUGAGGAUCUAUCGUUAUCAGUCCCAUGACUAUGCCUUCAGCAGUGUAGAAAAGUUAUUGCUCGCUGUCGGAGGGGAUGACUACGUCCGACUGCUUAACCAGACUCUCCAUGAAAACCUGCAGAAAGCAGGCUUCUCUGAGACAUUCAUCAACGAGAUGAUCGCUCCUAUCAUGCGCGUCAAUUUUGGUCAAAGCACCAACCUCAAUGCCUUUGUGGGGGCAGUGUCAAUGACAGCUGCCGAUUCCAACCUUUGGGCUGUGGAAGGUGGUAAUAAAGUUGUUUGCUCAAGGCUCCUUCAGGCCUCCAGCAGCAACCUUAUAACCGGCUCCGUAGUGUCCAUAGAGGAGAAGACAAGGACCAAACAGACAGGAAAUCCCACAAAGAUGUAUGAAGUGGUAUAUAAAACAGGAUCUGAGACCCAUUCGGACUUCUAUGACAUUGUCCUUGUGGCUGCUCCAUUGAACCGGAAGAUGUCUGACAUAACUUUCCUCAAUUUUGAUCCGCCCAUUGAGGAAUUCGAUGACCCAUAUCAACACCUGGUGACAACUUUAAUUAAAGGAGAACUCAAUUCCACUCUCUUCAGCUCUAGACCCAAGGAUCAGUUCGGCCUCUCUGUGAUUCUUGUCACUGAUGACUCAGAUAUGUUUAUUAACAGCCUGUCCAUUGUGGCCCCUGUAAGAGCGAAGGAGGGUCCUGCACCGGCGGUGGAUGGCAUGCACGUGUGGAAGACCUUCUCUAGGGACGUUCUCACCAAAGAGCAGACUUCAAAGCUCUUCCUGUCCUAUGAUUAUGCUGUACGGAAGCAAUGGCUGUCCUACCCUUACUAUGAGCCUCCUCAGAAGUGUCCCUCCAUCGUCCUCCACGACCGGCUCUAUUACCUCAAUGGCAUUGAGUUUGCGGCCAGCUGCAUGGAGAUGAGUGCCAUCGCUGGCUACAACGCCGCUCUCCUUGCCUACCACCGCUGGAACGGUAACGAGGACAUGAUUGACCAGGAGGACCUGUAUGAGAAGCUCAAAACGGAGCUGUAACUGAGCGCUGCCCCUCCCCAGAGCACCCUGCUCUUGCAGGACUGAGUCAGCAGAACUGAAUCUUUACCAGCACUCUUCAUGUGGGUCAUGAGAAA